UGAGGGAAGUGGCUGUCCGGCCCGACAACCCUGUCCCUGUCGCCUGUGCCACAUCUUCGUGGCCUUCUUGAAAGCUGCCGUGGAGCAGCCAGCCCCGCACGCCCAUGGAGAAGUUUGGCAUGAAUUUUGGGGGCGGCCCAAGCAAGAAGGACCUGUUGGAGACCAUAGAGGCGCAGAAGAAACAGCUCUUGCAGUACCAGGCACGCCUCAAGGAUGUGGUCCGCGCUUACAAAAGCCUCUUGAAGGAGAAGGAGGCGCUGGAGGCCAGCAUCAAGGUGCUCUCGGUGUCGCAUGAGGCGGACGUGGGCCUCACAGGUGCCCAGGCACCAGGCCUCCCCUUCCCGGACUCCGUUGAUGACCGGUGCUCCACUCACAGCGGGGAUAGCACGGGGACCGCCACCAGCAUUGAUACUGCGGCCAGUCUCACCAGCACCAAGGGUGAGUUCGGGGUGGAAGAUGAUAGACCGGCCCGUGGACCUCUGUCUCCAAAGUCCGAAGAGGCCAGCGGGUCCGAGAGUGGUGUCAGCAGUAGCAGUGGGGACGGGCCGUCGGCAGGAGGGGAGGCGGACAAGCGCCUGCACCAGUUGAAGACCCAGUUGGCCACUCUGACCAGCUCUUUGGCCACUGUCACCCAGGAGAAAUCCCGCAUGGAGGCUUCGUACCUGGCAGACAAGAAGAAGAUGAAACAGGACUUAGAGGACGCCUGUAAGAAGGCAGAGGAGGAGAGGGGCCGUCUGGAGGGGGAACUGAAGGGGCUGCAGGAGCAUGUGGUGGAGACCAAAGCCCGACUCAUCACGCAGCAGCACGAUCGCGCCCAAGAGCAGAGUGACCAUGCCCUGAUGCUGCGGGAGCUCCAGAAGCUUCUGCAGGAGGAGAGGACCCAGCGCCAGGACCUAGAGCUCCGGCUGGAAGAGACCCGGGAAGCCCUGGCAGGGCGGGCGUUUGCCGCGGGGCAGGUGGAAGGGUUUGAACUGCAGACCAAGCAGCUGACCCGUGAGGUGGAGGAGCUGAAAGGUGAGCUGCAGGCUCUGCGAAAUGAGAAGAACCGGCCCGACCCUCGGCUGCAGGAUCUCCAGGAAGAGGCCGCCCGCCUCAAGAGCCAUUUCCAGGCUCAAUUGCAACAGGAAAUAAGGAAGACAGCCCUUGCAGAGGAACUGCUCCGGCAACAAUCUCAGGUGGAAGAGCAGAGGGUGGCUGCCCUGGAGAACCAGAUAUCCGAGGUGUCGGAACUACUGGGCACUUAUGAGAAGGCCAAGCAGAAGGACCAGCUCGCCAUCCAGAAGUUGAAGGAGCGCAUUCUGCAGCUGGACCUGGAGAAUAAGACGCUGGCCCUCGCAGCCUCUAGCCGGUCCCCUCUGGACAGCCAUGGGGAGGAGUCAAGCCUGGAUGUCAAUGUCCUGAAGGACAAGAUGGAGAAGCUGAAACAGCUGCUGCAGGUGGCCGCCAGGAAGAGCCAGGUGACCCUGGACUUGGAGAAACCCAGCGACCUAGAGAUAAUGCCCAGCUCGGAUGCCGCUGACGGGGAGAAGGCCACUGCGCUCUACUACCAGCAGGAGCUGAAGCAGCUGAAAGAGGAGUUUGAGCGGUACAAGAUGAGGGCCCAGGUGGUCCUCAAGAGCAAGCACACCAGAGACGGCAACCUGGCGAAGGAGCUGGAGGAAGCCCAGGAGCAGCUGGCCGAGCUGAAGGAGAAGUACAUCUCCCUGCGGCUGUCCUGCGAAGAGCUGGAGGGCCAGCACCGGCAGGAGGCCGAGGACUGGAAGCAGGAGCUGGCACGGCUGCAGCAGCUGCACCGGCAGGAGCUGGAGCGCAGCCAGCUGGACUUCAGGGACCGUACGCUGAAGCUGGAGGAGGAGCUGCACAAGCAGCGGGACCGGGCCCUGGCUGUGCUGGCCGAGAAGGACCUGGAGCUGGAGCAGCUGCGCUCAGUGGCCCUGGCCUCCAGCCUGCCAGGCCGCCGAAGCCCCGUGGGGGCCGGGGCCCUUGGGGACCCAGCUGACCCAUCACCCCCAGAUAGCCUGACCCAAGCCCUGCACCUGGCGGCAGCCAACGAACCCACUUUCUUCCUGUACGCCGAGCAACUGGCCCGCAAGGAGGUGGAGAUUGCCUCCCUGCGGAAGCAGAAGCACAGGCUGGAGGCCGACGUGCAUCAGCUGCAGGACCGGCUGCUGGAGGACCGGGAGCGGCACCGCGAGGAGGUCGGAGCCCUGCAGAGCCACAUCGAAAAGAACAUCAGGGACCAGAGCAGGGAGGGGGCCAACCUGGAGUACCUCAAAAACAUCAUCUACCGCUUCCUGACCUUGCCCGAUGCGCUGGGCCGCCAGCAGACGCUCACGGCCAUACUGACCAUCUUGCACUUCUCCCCCGAGGAGAAGCAAGUGAUAAUGCGGCUCCCGGGCAGCAGUAGCUGGUGGCCCUCAGGCAAGAGAUGAUGCCCUUUGCACAGCCUGCUGAGAUUUCUGUGGAGGGAUUGGGGGUGGUGUGGGCUGGAGGGUUACCCCAGCUUUGAUGGCCUCUCCUCUGAUUCUUAAUCCAUCCUUUGCUGUGCUGAGUUUGGAGGCAUCUUCGAAGUGGGAUGGGAUUUUCUGCCAAAUGCCAUUAACGUGGCCUUAUCCAUGGGCCCUGGGGAUAUGGAGAGAGAGAAUGAAAAUGAACGAGAGAAAGAAAAAGUUUUGUGGGGGUGUAGGUGUAGAGGCUAGCACGAAGAGGUGCAGAAUCUUUUAAUAUCUUAGUUUUUCAUUAUGCUCCCAACUCAGAGCUAAGAGUAGAUCUGACUCGCAAGGGUGUUCAGUGGACUAAUUUUUCCACAUGACCAGCCCCCCUACUCCAUCUUUUCAGUCUGUGUCUGAUGGUGCACUGCUGCCCCAUUUUUGGGGGACAUCCAUCCAGGCUGGGAAGGGACCAGAACGUUUGGGGAAGGGACAAAUUGUCCACUACUCCAAAGGGCUAAGUAACAGUGUGCUGGUACCACGAAGCUUGUUCUAGUUAGGGCCUAGGGUCAACGGAAGCAAUCUAGACUAAACGCACCCUUUGUGACCCACCAAGAGAGUUAGAAAUUUCUGGAAUCAUCUGCUUUCGGCCAGCAUGGGGUUAAAAUCAUCCUCUCACACCUGUCCUCCCCAGGCCUGCCUGCCUAAGGUUGGCCUGACCUUGUGAGUAAAUGAUGUUACUGUCUUAACAAUGUUGCACUUUCACCAAGAAACAAAACCCCAGUUUCUUAGAGGAGUCAGAUGAGUAAACUUUAGUCCCGCCUAAACCCGAGAAUUUAGAGAUUGGCUCCCAGCCAUUUCUGUCUGAGUAGGGACAGGGAGGAGGGGAAAGGUUUGCUGUAGAGAGUACCAAAAGAUGGCUGUGGCCCACUCAGGAAAGCACUAGGGGUCCAGCUGAGGCUGACCUGGGGUGCUUUCUAUCAGUGGCCAGCAUUCUAGCUCUAGCUCCAAGUCCCUAACACCAGGGUAUUUUUUUUUUCCCCACUGGGGUAUUUUGACCAUUCCUUCAGGGAAGGAAUGUGGGUUCUGUACCCAAUCCUCUCACCCCUGGGGUCUUGUAGACCAAAUUGAAGAGUAGAGUCACUGCUUUUAAGGAAAAGAGGCAGAUGGGGAAAAGGGACUUGGGUGCAGACAGUGCUGCACCCUGUUCCCAUCUGGCCUUGGUGGCUAGAGAUCUCUGGACCUUAAAGACUAAGACUUUACUAUUAAUUGGACCACUCACUUGGUUGUGUCAUCAUCUAGCUGUUUUGUGAGGAUUUGGGGUCCAGACUUUAUUAAAUGCUCCAAGUGGGAGCUAGGUGACCUGGUAGAUCUAUCAACAGUGAAUGGACUUGUGGGACAGAAGCGAAAUGUUCAAAUGGGUAAAACAUAAACCGUGGAAUUAUUAAACCCGAAUGACUUGA